AUGAAGCCACACAUCUCUGUGUUAGGAAUUUCUAGAUUUGUCCUUAUAUGCUGUGCACUUCUUUUCUCGUGGGCUAAAGGAGAUAAAACGAACCGAAGAUUCGUAGGCCUUCCAGAAUCUGGGCAGAGAGUAAGCCACGAUGAUACAAGUGAAAACAACAGAACUCUGAUUAUUCGCCACAAUUUACCAGUAAGUCAGGUAGUUCAUAGUUCUGAUAUUUAUCCUCAGUGGCAUGCUAACCUCUUUUUUCAGGCCCCCCUCUCUCUGAUGCAUGCUGCUGCUAAGACCAGCAAACGUUCCCGAACUCGAAGUGGUAAAAUGUAUUUUCCUUGCUGAGUGGCCAAAAACCUCACCCUCUUCAGGCCAGCGGAAUUUAACCUAAACUGCACCGAACAGCAAAGCGCCCAAUCAAGUUAAAGAGCAAUGUCAUGAAAAUUUGUUUGGACAGAGCAGUUACAAAGUAGCUCGCUCGCCCUAUACAACUCACGUUUUCACAAAUCAGAACUGGCAUUUCUAUGCAAACAUUGUAACUGAUUCCCAGCGUAUUUUGCGUUUCCUGUUUAUUUAACAUUGAAGGAUGAUGUUAAGUGUCAUUUUGUGCUCGUGUUUGAAGUUUUCUGCCGUUUCAGACUGUUACAAAUCACGCAUAUCUCCAUUGUCCAAAAAGAAAAAUUGCAUAUGAAGAUGCGUUGUUAUUUCUUGACAGGGGAAGAUAAUUUUUCACGAGAGUAAUGAAUUCUGGAUUGAACUUCAAACGACCAUCCCCGGCGGACAAGUGAAUAACUCCGAGGUGAAGGCAACGUACUCUUCCUUUGAUAACGAGACUAUUUUACUGCAAGUGGUAAGUGCUUCGCUCUAUAAUGAGCCAUUUUAUUCCAGUCUGUGCAAAACUUGCUUCUUAUACCAAGAGAUCCUAUUAUUGCUCUUGCAUAUACUUGCCAUUCAGCUGUACUGUCUUCAUAAAAGACACCGUUUCUUUGUACCGCCCCACCAGUCUGAGCCAGUCUGGCUUUGUAUUUCGGUCAGCUAGGUUACUGGCAUCGAAGGUUGUUAUUCAGUACGAAGAGGUAUUCCCCCGGGUAUUCCCUCUCUGUAUGAACAAUUUUAAAACUUUUCUGGUUUUAGUAAUGAGACUGUUAACGGGGAUGGGACAUAAACUCAUCGCCUAACCCACAACCUGAAGGGCCAGGCGUUGCAAUUCGUCCGGCCUUUCAUCCAAAAUCGGCCAAGCAUGGUUAAACGCAUCAGGGACCGAGGUCCCAACUGGUACCGCCUCCAAGAUAACCAAGGCACGCAAGAGGCGAGGUGAGGUGAAGUGAUGAAUGAUUAACCACCGUGUUCCGUGACUUACGAGAUUGGAUGCACGAUUUGAUGUACACUGUUUUUUAAUAUUCUAUUUUUUUCACAGUACCACCCUAUUUUGCAAAAGCCUGUUGAAGCCAAUGAAAAGGACAAACUUGUAGUUAUCAUUGUUAGCAGCGUGGGUUCUUUUGCUUUCCUCUGUAUCAUAGUCUCCGCGCUCUGUUAUUUUUGUUAUUGGAAGAAAAGGAGAACGUUAAAAGCAGAUGGAACUACGAAAGAGAUACCUGAAGGUUGGUAAAAAGAGAAAACUUUUCUUUCUAAGAUGAAUUAUUUUUUCCCAAUUAUGACCGUUUCUUGAAUUGAUCAAUAAUUACCCAUCCCCCUCCUAGCAAAAAUCACUCUCCUUUAGUUGAAGAUCGAUUAUUCCUUUGGUGAAAUAAACGCCCCUAUCAAGUGCUAAAGGGGAAAUCCCGUCUCCUUAUAAUUAUCCCAAAAGCUGGGGUAAAACGGGCAACAAAAAAGUGGAACGUAUUUUGCAACGUUGCAGCAAGACGAGUUGAAAAGCGAUGUUGCGCGUGUUUCCACCCACGAAUCAAACCUGUCAAACAGGUUUUCAGAAGUUCCGUGAAUACCGACUGAUUGUAUAGAAUAGACCUUUUUACCGAUACGGCGGACAUAUUGAAUAAGUUAAUUUAAGGAGUAUUAUGGGAUGCCCAGGGGACAUGAGCACAUUCCCUUUAGUAUUUACAAGCGCCUUUCGGGGCAUUCUUUCUUAAGAGAAAAAAGAUCGUUUUCCGUAUUAGGAUGUUAUAAUGAUCGCCUUUUUCCCGAGAAAUAUACGGUGAAAGACCUUAUUUCUAAUACUAAGCGAGUACAACGGAUCUUGUUCAUGCCCCCCUUAAAUCGAAUCAAUUCAAUAUGGCCGCCGUAUCGGUAAAAAGGUAUAUUAGGGGCCGACCAUUUAACUCUUGAGGGAAGGGGCGGGGGGAGUUGGGUGAUUUCUGGUCAUCAAGAAUUUUUUUUUCUAGCAAUCCUGGUGGGCAGGAUAAUUUUUUUCCCUUUUUUUCCCCAUAAGCUUUCUAUUACAUUUGCGCUGCAUCCAAUUUUUUUCUUCCGUCAAGCGCUUGCCGGCCCCUUACGUAAGAGUCACUCAAUACGCGGGAGUGACGUCACUUGCUACAACGAUAAAACGCGCAACAUAUACAGAUGUUGUUGCAUAAAGAAGAACCACUCUCUACCUUAUGCAACAACUUUACGCAACCCGCAACAACGUGAUUUGUUGCAAUGCGUGUUUGAUUCGUAGGUGGUAAAACGCUCAGCAUUGUUUUGCACCUCGUUUUAAAACAAUGUUGCAAAAAAUGCUACACGUUUAACGUUUUUGUUGCUCGUCUUCGCCUAGAUCACUAAGACGGAUAUCUUUGAAUUGAGCACGGGUGUCGGUCUUAGAGAAGUGUCCAACUGAGAGAUGGCUUACGAAAUGGCUUAAAAACGGCAAGGACCAAUUCUUGAUCUCUGUUUCACUUUAAGAUGGUGAACGUCCUGUAGAAGUGUCCAUUUAUCAGAGAAUUUGCAUCGCCCCUGGUUAUGAGAGAGAUUUUUUAAAUAGAAUCACGUUUACGGCAAACGGCAGAUUAAGGUUAAUGGUUUCUUAGAUUAGAAAAUAAUCGGGGAAAAUCGAUUGUACAAAAUAAUUCUUAUGGAUGAAACUACUGUAGCAUGAAACUUAAUAAAAAUCAAACGACAAAGGAAGGGAAAAUGUGGUCACGUGGUGACGUUUGCCGUUUGUCGUGAACGUGAUUCCAAAAGUCUCCUUUAUUUAACGAAAUACACGUCAAAACGUUUGUCCAAAUGUCAGUUUAUCUUGCCAAAAGAAAGAGUCGUUUUUAGCUAGUUGCAUCGGAAGUCUCUAUUCUUGUUUUCUUCAGAAAAUUCAACACCCGACAGUGGUCGUGUCUCACAAGCUAUUUUAAGAAGAAGCCCACCUUCAGGAACUACUCCGUUUAUGAUAGUAGCCGUUUGCGCCUGCGUAUUACAAGCCCAAUUGCAGCCCUACAACGUGGACAUUAACGUUUUCUUCCCCAAAGGAUUUUUGCGCGCGGAUUCCAAAGUGUUCUUGCAGUCAGAGAAUAAUAACGAAGUCCGAGUAAUAACAAACGACACAAGUUUAAAAAUCAACGUUUUUGGUAAGCUUUUGAAUUAAUUAUUGUCUGUGCACUUGUUGUUGUUGUUGUUUUUAAAUAAACGUACACACAUGAGGCCAUAGCUUGGGUACGGUCGCCCCUCCUAUCGGCGAGAUUUUGUUUGGGAGGAAGAGGCGGUUGCACACAGCCUACAGAGGCCCUUGUUCAAGCAGAAAGAAUAACCAAUGCUUCAGUUUUUGUUCUCCGUCUCUUGUUACAGCUUAGGCAGAUAAUACAACCCUGAAGUCUCAGCCUUGAUCUCCCCCACCUGAUUUUUCAAGUACUAAUUCACGCUGGGUUGGUUGAAAAAUUGUAGAGGUUGAUUUUUGUAUUUUCCGUGAAAUUGUUACUAUUUUUAGAAAAGUAAUUGACUCUUGAAAAUACCAUAUCUUUUUAAACCAAAUAAGCUUUUUAAACCUUUUAAUUUUCACAUUUGGGCUCUUCCCUGGUUGCUCUUUAAAUAUUGCUUACUUUUUUGUUAUAAAGUUAAUCAUCUUGCUUAAAUUUUCCGGCCGAAAACCGUUACAAUCAAAAAUCAAAAACUUGUGAAAAAAACUUGCAAAGGUUUAACUCAGCCGGAUAAAAAUUGCAAAACUAGUUAGCUUGCAGCUGAUCGUUUGUGAUUGUCAAGAUCAAGCCGACUAAAAAGGUAACCACAGCUUUUUACCCUACCUUUCAGAUGUAGCUGAUGCUGGCCUCGUUUCCAAAAAUCGAUGCUCAGCUAAAAACCUGACAUGUGUCAAUGGAGCCUGUGAUCCAUUGGCGGGAAAAUGUGUUUGUCCAAGAAAAAUGAGAGCUAAGAAAGAUAAAGAAGGACAAACACGCUGUGUGUAUAGUAAGUUGUGCAUUGCUGAUAACAGGAGCGGAAGGAUUUACUGUUAAUGAAUUCAUCAUUUGAAAAUUAAAUCCUUUAGUCUCCUCCAAUCUCAGAUUCACAUCUUCAUUCUUGCAUACUUGAUUCUGGAACGAGGUACAUUGUAUUUCUCCGUAAUAAGUUGUUGAUACCGAAACAACAUUUUGUUCCCGUACAAGUCAUUUUGGAAUGAGUUCAUUCCGGUUUUAAAUAUCUGAAUAAAAUUCACGUUCUGGUAUGAAAAUUAAUUCCUUCUUGUAUUAUAUAUGUAUACUGAAAACGAACUUUUAUCUCGGACUGAAUACUGGACAUCUACUCUUACAGGAAUGUAAGCGUAAAUUUCGUUUCCAGAUAGCGGCAACGACCUAACGGAUUGAAUUUUUAAAAUAGUCAGGUCAUUAAUCAAAUCUAUGGGGGUAGCGUACCGUGCUGGCUUGACAGUAAGACGAUAACACUAUCGCAGUAACGCUGUUGCAGGACCAUGGUGUGAUUGGUUUUUGGUUUUACAGGCUUGUGCUAAUUAAUCAUAUUUUCUGCUUUUUAAAGGGUGCGAUGAAAAAUGCCAGAAAGGUUUCUUUGAAGUGUCCCCGUGCAACCAUACUCAACCCGCUGUCUGCAAAAGUAAGUUGAAUCACUUGAGAUCGUUUGAUUGGUAUAAAAAAUGGCUUGCUCUCACGAAAAGCAGAAAGACGUUGGCGUUGCCUUUAAAGAAAAAGCACCUAAAAGUGGUUGCUGGGCAUUUGUUUGAGUAACUGUAAUAUGCUCGGCUGAUAAACAGUAUUUGGCCUUUUUAUUUUCAGAAUGCAGACCCCUGUGUAGCUUUCAAGAAUUCGAGUCCGCUCCAUGUGCUGGAAAAACAGACAGAAAAUGCACCGGUACGUCGAAAUAAGUCAAUUGUGCAAUCACGCCUGACGCCGGCAUUGUACCCUUAGGGCUAUCCAUUAAAUAUACACACCUUCCCCCACCUCCGGGCGCAGUUUUCUGAAAAUUUAAACCAAAAAAUGGAGUUUCUGAAGGUUGUAGUACUGAAGACCAGAUUUUCUGAGGGGGAGUAGUAGAAAAGCCGAAAAAAUAAAAAAAUCUAUCAGGACACAUCACUCACAUUUUCUGAAGGAAUAUGUGUUCAGCAAUUCAUUUUUCUGAGCACUUUGGGGGGAAAAUAAACAUUUUUCUGAGAGCUAGGAAAAUUUCAAAGUAGUUCGUUUGACGGAAUGGUUAUAUUUAAUGGAAUAGCCCCUAAUUUAUUCAUCGGUAUGUAUUGUAUUUCUCAGACAUUUCUCAACUUCCUCCAAUUAAAGUUUCUUCAAAUGUUGUCCACGAAGAUGUUCUGAAGGUGAGUACUCUAAAUCAUCACCAUGUAAAUUAACCGGCACCCCUCUCCACAUUCCUUUACGUAAGAACACGAUCAAUUCCUGUGAGGUACUACUUUUCAGUCCCGAAAGUUGCGGAAAUAAUUUGAGAAUAUCGGUAACUGUUUUCGGGAUGAGUGCGUAGGGAGGAGUCAUUAAUUGCAGGACUGCUAAGCUCAUUUUGGUUACAUGAAUAUUUUUGGAGGAAACCUUGGAGAGGAUUGGCUGAACUUAGCCUGCAGAGCAGGGGUGUUUUAACGAAAGCUUAGGGGUGCAUUGACCGCGGUCGCCAUCUUACAUGUAAAAGCAGUUGAAAAACAAAGGAAGGUGGGACGGUUUCAACGUCCAAAGUGGCCGGAGAAUAUUUGUAUCAUCGUUCGCACAGCAAAAUACGCCUGCUUUGCAGGCUAAGCUGAACUUGAACAAUCCGUGAGUUUAGACUCUGAACCUUAACCGGAGCUCUAAAACUUUAUGCUGGCGAAGUAACCUGUCACUGAAGAGGAGCAUAGCCUAUAAGCUGAUGUUUGUGCCAUUUCCCGUCUUUUUUAGCGCUCUAAUUUCUGUUAAAUGUUUUUGUUUCCCUCUUUCAAGGUCAGGGAUGAUCCACCGGUCAGUCAAGUUAUAUUAAACAUCUCAAAAGACUCGACAACGUGGCUAAACAGAACAAGUGGCCUGGCAAUUAAGCUAAAAAUGUUACGAGUGGAUUUCAGUACGACAUUUAAAGAAGUCAACCAUGGAGUUAACGAUAACGACAUGUUGUCCAAAGACUACACGUCGCAAGCUGUUUUGAGAAAUUUUUGCGGUUCUCCUAUUCCAGAUUUUUAUAACAUUAGUGUGCAAGAAUCCGUGGAUAAAGUAAGGUUUAUCAAGGGCCAUCCGCAGUCACCUUGCCCUAGUUAUGACGGUAGCCCGUCCAAAAUACCAGUUACGAGAAAUUUACUUUCCUGCAAUGGUGCCGAAAAUCCAGUUUUAAGGCUGUUUGGGGAGAAGAGCUCGCCUGAAGACCUCUGGAAGGAAGAAAAGUCUCAAGAAUGCUACAACAAUAAGCAGAGUUGUGCCAACUGUAGAGAGAGGUGCACAGCACUCUCGAGAAACGACCCAAUAUGCAAUGUUACAAAAGAAGAUCUCCAGCGUGAAAACAAGCAGGAUUAUGGCGAGCACUUCACGUAUUGUUUUGAUUGCUGCUUUCAAGCGAAUUGCAUUUGUAGUAACUGCCCAUGCUCUCUGUACAACACUUCAUGCCUUACAUCGCAAGUGACAUGCGUUGAAGCCAAGCAUUUUACCUUUCCCAUUCAACCCAUUUUCCCAAAACUGGGAGAUUUUAAGUGCCACGUUGAAAUUUCACGAGGUCCCGUGUUCGAGUUGGAAGCAUCGGUGUGGAAAGACAAGGCGCUCUUGAGGAGAAUUGAAACCAGCGAGAGAAACAAUAGUCAACGCGCUGGAGAAGGACGUGAUUAUGGCUUCAUGGUGUUGACGCGCCCUUCCUUUCUGAGAAACGACAUAACAAAGGAUAUCCUGAUAAGCGGUAAGGCUGGUGACAAGAAAUUUAAUGUGGGGUUGUACAAAUUGGAGGAAGAGCUGUCAGCCCAAGGUGCCACUCGUAGGCUUUACAUUCAACCGAAAGAACCGUUUAUAAUCAACUCAAAAUCGUGGCCCAAAGAAAACUGCCAAACCAUGGAGACGGACAAUUUUAUCACCAUAAAACCGAGUGGAUCGAUUAACAACUUUCAGAGUUUCUCCAGUCUUACAGCAAAGAUCGCUUACGAGCACAACGAACGAGUGUAUAAAGUUUAUAACAACUCCGGUUCACAUUAUGUUCAUGUUGAGCUGCCUCAGGGACGUUCUGUGUUGAAAUACGCGUUUCCGGAAACGGUGGUGUUGAACGACCGGUCUUUCGCUGGACGGCUUUUAAAGAACAGAACAUUCUGGACCAUCCGUCUGACAGGACGCGUUAGCUCGUGCCCAGGAUUUUUCGUGGUGAGGUUGACGGACCAAGAUCGCCCGGAUGUGGAAGUUUAUCAUUACGAUGUUGGUAAGUUGGUGCAUGUGAACCUUGGACAGUAUAUAUUGUAGCUCAAGCGGUCAACAGUAGCGAUGAAAAUGUGAAGAGAAGUGACAGAAAUGCAUUUGUUAAAAAGGCAUGAAUUGAUGAAAUCUAUUUUACAGGCGUUUCGAAAUAAUUUUUUCUUCUAAAUUGUACUUCCUUCAUGGAAGUUUUAAAUUUUAGGAAAACUGACAUGUGUUCGCCUGGGCUGAAAAUAUUUUCUACCUUUUUUCUACUAAGUAUAAGUAGAAGUGUACUGUUAUAGCUGACCAGAGCACUGAACUUCAAAUCUGAAACUGACACUGCCCUUCAGUUUUACGAACACUGAAGAGAAAUGCAUUUGCAGAAACACAUGAAACCGAUCUUUUAAGCUGAUCAUCGUACACGAUUCGAAAUCUGAUAAUACCCCGGGAGCAGUUUUGGCGAUAAACUUUGUUCCUAAUCGCUGACAAUACAUUUUUUCACGAUGCCCACCAUCUUUGCACGCGCUUAAUGACUGAUGGGAUAAAAUCGGUGUGGUCUCUAAGGGGGGCAAACAACUGAAAAAAAUGCCAACGCAAGAAAUUACGGUUGAGAUUGUUUAUUCUAGAAAACAGAAAAUAAAGAACUUUACAUGUUGAAGACAAUGGCAAAUUAUGAUUGGAAGUGAUCAAUGUUACUUUUGUGGAUGCAGUAGCGACCGUAGAUGUCCUCAUAGCAAACAAUAAUGACGUAAAUCUUGUCAAAACUUGAACUAUAAAGUCUGCAUGAUUUCAAAUCGUCGUCACGCUUUAAAAGAAUAAACAAACUUCGACCGCGCUUACUCAUAUUGGUAUUUUUUUUUUCAUUUGUUUGCCCCCUGAAAUACCACCUAUUUUAUCUUAUCAAUUUAGAGCGGGUGCAGAGAUGGCGGGUAUGGUGACUGAAUAAAGUCUAAUUGACUUUUCUUUUCAACAGCCAUAACGACGGAGGACUGUUCAUUUCUUGUGGAGUUUCAUCUUCCAUCAAGUGGAGACACUAAUUCUAUCGACAAACAGUUCGUCGUACGACUGACAGAUUCGCGCAAAACCCUGAAGCUUAUUCUUGUGAGUCCAAUGGGGAUACCCGACAUCGUAAUUCCGAACAUUGACGACGACUUUGACCUCACAAAACUUGAAGUGUUAAUUCCUUUCAGCAGUGCCGCCGGGGGGAUGAUUAUAGUACUGAUUGCAAUCUUAAUCUACGGCUACAAAACGCGCCCAAAAGAUGCACACCACCGCGAUCGAGACAACCAACUCCAUUUCCGACAUGUGUUGUUCGUCGUUUGGUUUGUCGGUAUGAGACUUUUGAAAAGUUUCCUCCUGACAUUGACUGUGUUUUCCGUCAUCCUCACUGCCAUUCACUAUACAAACGUAAGGACCUUACAAAAAUACAGAACGUUUCACGAAGAACAGAAAGACCUGGAGAGGGCCUUUAUGAAACAGAUGGACACACACAGGGUACAAGAAAUUAACCGCCAGUGGUCAGUUCUUGACAAAGGAAAGCUGAUCUGCGAUCAAAAGUUAAAAGAGCUGAAUAUGUUUCUGGAGAAAUAUUUCAAAGAGAUGAAAGAAAGGCAGGAAGAGGAAAUGAGAAGAAAAUACAUUAUUUUGGCCGCUAAACAUCGAAUCGAUAACCAGUUUAAAGAGGCGAGAGUGAAAUUUGAAAGAGAGAGAAAGCGGAUGAACGAACAAUUGUCAUCUUACUCCAGAGAACUUAAUUCAAGGCUGUCACAGAUCCAAAACAAAAUCGAGAGUAGUUUCUGGUUAAAAGCAGCACGCGGACUGUACAAAGUUUUAAACGGAAUUGCGAAGACUUUUGGAAAAAGCAUGAAACCUUUUAUCCGCUGGGUUGGUCUAUCAGUAAGUUUUCCGAACAUUCACGUCAGCCUGCCAUCUUUCGAUGAUCUUUUCGACGAUUUCGCCUUGAGCUCCUUAACUCCCCACGAUUCAGAAUCAAACUCCUCUUUUAUCGAAGAUGUUUUCAAAUCAGAUACAAGAAUAAGCAUCAAGGAAAUAUCCGUCCCAGAACUGAACAUAUCCAGUCCUUUUAGCAAAGGAAGGGCCAAAGAAUUGCUUGCUUUGGACUGGAUCGUGCAAUUGUACCAGAGCGGAAUGUUCACCGUCAUUUUAAUAGUUUUGGACAGUUUGUGGUUUAUCUAUCGCCACAGCAAAACGUAUCAACUCGCUGUAGUACUUAUUCACGGCUUUCCCAAGAUCUAUCAGCUGGAACAAAUACAGAUGAAAGAGGAAAAAAAAGAAAAGAAAAAGAAGAAAAAGGAAGACAAACUGCAACAGAAAGCGAGAAACGAAAAUGACGAUGGGAAUGAGGAAAAUUCUAUUGAGAAGCAAGAAAAAUCCAGCAAGGGGCAAGACAAAAUAAAUGGGGAAACUGAGAUUCAAGAGCUAGAACAUCUACAGGAGGAAGAGGAAAAGAAAGAAAAUUCGAAAAAGAAGAAAAAGGAAGAAAAGCUGCAACCGAAAGGUGCGAAAAAAGCGAGAAAGGAAAAUGAAGAUGUAAGGACGAUUGAUGGUAAGGAAAAUUCUCUUCAGCUGCAGGAAAGAUCUGGCAAGGGAAAAGACAAAAUAAAUUUGGAAACUAAGAUUCAAGAGCUGGAUCGUAUACAGAAGGAUCAGGAAAAGAAAGAAAAGAAGACAAAGGAAGACAACCUCGAGAAGAAAAAUGCGAAAAAAGCCAGACAGGAAAAAGACAAAGGGAAGGCGAUUGAUUGUAGCAAAAAUUCGAUUGAUCUGCAAGAAACGUUUAACGAGGGCAAGAACAAAAUAAAUACAGAGAGAGAAGAGAAAACAACAGAAUUUCGUGAUGUGACUUCCGAACAAGAUGUAAAUACAAAACCCACUGAAAAAGAAAUAGUCAAUGAACAAGAUGAAAUCGAUGGCUCCGAGACCCCGAGGAAUUCCAGUAAGUUUAGUGAAGACGAACCUAAAUGGAAAAAGGGGAUUAACCAUGGUCUUAAAGGAGUUGAUCUACUAAACACAGCAUUUGUUAAGUUCCUUGUCAAACUCAAAGAACUGAAUUAUCAGGUGAGUUAAGGUUUUGUGUUUUCAGACAGGGUUCGUACAGGUUAUGGAAAACCUGGAAAGUCAUGGAAUUUAGGAAUUUCAUUUUCAAGGCCUGGAAAGUCGUGGAAUUUAAUUGUCGGUCCUUGAAAGUCAUGGAAAUAUUAAAGUUUUGUUUGGUAGAUUAGAUACUGCAGAUGGCAAAGUAAGGAUAACGUAAGAUAAAGAGGAGUAAUUAGACUGCGCGAACGGCACGCAUUUUGAUGGAUGCCAGAGUUUGUUUCUGUUGAACUGUUUUAAAAGGUAAAAAAAAAAAAAAUACUCAAACAAGUAAAGUUUUGAAAAUUUUCGAAAGUGACAGCUAAAUCUUAGGUCAUGGGAAACUAGAAAAGGUCAUGGAAAAGUCAUGGAAUUUGAAGAACUCAAAAGAGUACGAACCCUGUCAGAUGUACUUACCAAGGACUCGGUAAAAUGCGCAGCACAGAUGCGAGGACUGUAGUUUCAUCAGUCGGUAACCCUCAUUAUAUACACGAUGAUGUUGGGUCGACUGAUCAAUAUGCUUGCCGAGAACGGCCCAUCCUACCAGCAGAGCCUCUUUCUGUCUUCUUGAGUGAGGAGGAGAAAAGGACGUUCUACCUGAACCGCGUCAAACCUUUGAGGUCGCCACAGCCCCCAACUUUUGGACAAGUCAAUCUUGUUUUUUAAGUCGUCAAACUGAUUUUUUCGAUUGCGAGCAUCCGUUUAUUACAGCAAGGAGCUCAAAAGUGUGACUGCUUUUGAUUUAUUCACAUACUGCACAUUCUUUCGUGCAGAUUCAAUCCAAUUAGAAGUCAGCUGGAAACUGCCCUCGUCUUUUGAUUGGUUAAUGUUUGCAUGAAAGAAUUUGAACUAAUUAAAGGAGGUCACACUUUGAGGCACCUUGCUGUAUUAUUACAGCAAGGUCAUAACUGAGUCAUAACUGAGCCCGCUGUUCCAAGCGCGCGGCUGUUAGGCCUGUGUUCGAAACUAAAUCCUAGGAACAUUCCGCGCAUGCUCGACAAAUAUCAUACUCGGUUCAUGCAGAGUCUUUCUCGAGUACGACAAAAUCGAGUAAUUGAAAUUAAGUCUCUGCUAGUGGGGUGAGGACAACCUUAACAUAUAUAAAACAUGAAACGUUCCUGUCCAGAGGAGGGCCCAAAACGAACUAAACAGAUCAUUUUCUGACAUUUUUUCUUCCUUAGAUCAACAACACCAAUCUGGUUCCGAUGUGCGUGCUCUCGGUGAUUGCCAUUUUGUCCGUAUAUGUUGUCAUAGUAACCGCUAAACACUCCAUGAACGUGGAAACGUUGGAAGUGGUUGGAUAUUUCGACCUCAAGAUGGCACCUCUGCUAACAAUGAGAAAGAUUGUCAAUACACGAAUAACUUCGAGUGCGUUUUUGGUUAAUGAGGUCCACAUUCCCUACUACGAGAACAGGUAACUGAGUUACGCGGGGCACCUAGUUCUAGGGUAUUUACCAUUUACACAAACCACCCGAGUGGAAAUCAGUGACGGAUUUAGGGAAGGGGCCCGAGGGGCCCGCCCCGUCCCCUUAUUUUUAGACCAAAAUGAGGCCCGAAGGACCGAAAAAAGUGGUCACCAUAAGCCCCAAUAUCCACAUACAAAUUCUCCAAACUGGUCUCUAUAAAUUUCCAUAAAAAAAACAAGUUGAGAGAAUUUGGUAGAAGAUCAAAGCAUUUUCUCUUAGGUGAUUAUUUUAUCAAUUCUCACAACCUUUUCGGUUGAUUGUGUAUUGAUAUAGUUAGGAGAGAAUUGACGUUGGUCACUUUUGGGACUUAAAGGGUUAAGUGGAUGAUCAAUCAAAAUGAAGUUCGUUUGUAGCGUAUGUAUUAGGGCAACAAAUAAGAAUUGAAAUGUUUAGUCCCAUGUAAGGGAAUCCAGGACAGUCUUGGACUCUGGACUCCACGCUGUGGAUUCCGGAUUCCAGGUUCUGGAUUCCAGUCUUUUUCAGUAGAGCUUGGAUUCUGGAUUCCAAUCUUUAGUGGGAUUCCGGAUUCCCUGAGCUGUAUUCUGCAUUCCAAAACCCAGGAUUUCGGAUUCCACAAGCAAAUUUCCCUUACACAGAGUGGAAUGUUGAUAUUAGGGUCUGAAAGGUUAAAUAACUCGCCCAACGAACUACCCUAUGGUUUACAAGGAUGCGUGACUAGGUACGAAUGCCUUUAGGGAAGUAAGCCCGGGAUUACAAAGUCGUUCUACUUUUGCAAAGAAGCAUAGAGGUAAACAAAUAGAAGACAAAAAACUUUAUCACUUUUUAACGAAGUAGACUAUUCUGUCAGAAUCGAUUUUGUUUAGUCCUCUCCGCGCGCUUUUGAGUUUACAAGGUUGCGCUGUCUCUGCUAAAUCUGCCUAAUGCCUAGAACGGCUUCUUGUCAGCUACCCUUUUGCUUACCGAGAAUGAUACAACGUGCCGAACUGAGAGAGAACUUCCUUCCAAGCUGAAAAAGCCCAUGUUUUUAUCCUUUCAUUUCCAGGGUGAAUGCUAGGAUUGCUUUUUACAGGAAAAAGGCUAAAAUGUAUCAAGCAUACCAAUGCUCUAAGGCUGACCUGCACAAUGAGGAGUAUUGCUCGUGGAGAGAACAAGAAAGUUGCCAAGGAGUUGGUGCUUAUAAUCAGGGCUUCCUCGAUAACUUGACUCAGUUUGAAUGUAACUUAGAACCUGUCUUGGCUCAAAGGUGAUUACCGUAUUUUUACUCCUCCUCCUUCUCCUCCUCCUCCUCCUCAUCAUCAUCAUCAUCAUAAUUAUCAUCAUCGUCAUCAUCACCAUCACCAUAGUCAUCAUCAUCAUUAUUAUCGUCAUCACCAUCAUCACUAUUGUCAACAUCAUCAUCUCCAUCAUCAUCACCAUCAACACCAUCUUCAUCAUCGUCAUUAUCAUCAUCACCAUCAUCAUCAUCGUCGUCGUCUUCAUCACCAUAAUCGUUAUCAUCUUCAUAACAUCAUUAAUUCACCUUCAUCGGAAGCAACAUGAACAUGCUGCAGCAAGCUAAAGCAUCAUAAUCCACGUCAUACCUCUUUGUAAAUUCAGUCAUCAUGAGUUUCCUGUUCUUCCGUUGCCUAGCCAACGGAGGCGAGUCUGAGUAAUUAGGGCACAUAUGUAUUAAAAAGUGACUAAUGUACGGUGGAGUAGAAGCUUGGAAACCAGAUCGUAAUGAAAUUGCGGCGAAAAAAACCGUAUUUAUGUCUCUUGAUACCUAAGUAAAGUUCUUGAUUAACAGUUUUCUUUAAUUUCAGAUUCAUCAAGUUCGACCGAUUCCGCUAUAAAGAGAGGCACAAGAAGGUGAUAUCACCUUACGUGGCUGCUCUCCAAGGUCUCAUCCUGGAUACUUUCUACAUGAUCUUAAUUGUUAUCGGAAUUUUCAUCGUUUUCAAAAUCCUGGGCAUCGCUGUGUUCCUGUUGCUUAAAAAGUUUGAUCUUGUACGGCAAGUAAAACACUACCAGACCAAUCAAGACCUCACUAGAGAAAUGGCUGUUCCCCAUUGCAUUAAAUAUCCCUCAUCGGAACAAAUCGAAAGAGAGAUCAGACCCAUUCAAUUGUCUGAGGAGAUGAGAAGAAAAUUUGGCCCUACUGUCCGAGAGGGGUACAGCACUCAGUGGGUCAAGUAGUACAGUCUGUUUCUCUGCCGUACACGCAAUCCAUGAUUUCAUAUAACGUAUUCUGUAAAUACAACAAAGUCGAUUUAUACUUGAGACGAAAGAUGGGACAUCGUACAAAUUGGUCGAGGGCGUGAUAGAUUUGUCUUAUUUACAGUUGAACCUCUAUUGAUUGGGGGACACAUUCUAUUUAGUGGCCAGUUACUGGAUGGAAUCCCG